CGUGAGUGAGUGAAAAUGUCGAAUGUGAAAUGUCAAAUCAAUCACGCAAAACAAGCAGAUGUCACGUUAAAUUUGUUAUUAUAUUUUAUUGUAAUAACCCGUUAAAUAAAUUAGACUUUUGCAUUAUUUUAAAUUCAGUGUUCGGAUAUUAGAUACGUUUGUGUUUUUCGUGUUCAGUGCAUGAAAAUAUUGAGAAAUGUCGAGUGACAAAGAAGAGGCUGUGAACGGCGAAUCGUCGGCAACGACCGAACAAAUAGCUGAAAAACGCGUAGGCUGCGCUCAUUACAAGCGACGAGCGAAAUUUGUGACUCCAUGCUGCAACAAGCUUUACAUGUGCCGCUACUGCCAUGACGAGAACGAGCAGCACUACUUCAACCGCAAAAGCGUCACCGAGCUGAUAUGUACAGAAUGCGAUACCCGGCAGGCGGUGCAAGCUGAGUGCGUCAGUUGCGGCGUGCGCUUCGGAAAGUACACAUGUCUAAUAUGCAACCUAUUCGACGACGAAGACAAACGGCAGUACCACUGCGAAGGCUGCGGAAUCUGUCGCGUCGGCGGCCGCGACCGUUUCUUCCACUGCGAGCGGUGUAACAUGUGCCUGCCUAUGCAGCUACAGAGAGUAGGGCACAGGUGCGUAGAAAACGUGUCCCGCUCAAACUGCCCCGUGUGCCUCGAGGACAUCCACACGUCCCGCAUCCCGUGUCACAUCCCGGACUGCGGGCACCUGCUGCACCGGCCCUGCUUCGAGCAGCUCCUACACUCCGGCCACUACGCCUGCCCCACCUGCCAGACCAGCAUGAUCGACAUGACCAACUUAUGGAGUUACUUGGACUCGGAGGUAGCAGCGACGCCUAUGCCGCCCGAAUAUGCGGACUACAAGGCCACUAUACUUUGUAAAGAUUGCCAUAAGUUAUCGACGGUGAAGUUUCACGUGGUGGGGCUGAAGUGUCAACACUGUGGUGCCUACAACACGUGUCAGACUAAUGGUUUCCACAAAGAGUCAACGAGCGCGGAGUCCGGCGACUCCUCGUCGUCUUCGAGCCGGAGCGGGUCCUCGCUGCCCGCGCCGGGCUCGAGCGAGGGCGCGGGGGCGGGCGCGGGCGCGGGGGCGGGCGCGGGGGCGGGCGCGGGAGCGGCGGGGAGCGCGGAGCUGCCGCGCGCCAACCCCAUGGACGAGCCCCCGCAGGCCUGACCGAGGCAGGUCUGAGGGCCAGCUGCAUCCACCACUUCACAGACACAUCAUCCUCACGCAGCAGACUUCAGUGGAACUUCCCAUUAGGGUUGCAAAUAGAAAAAAAGCCAAAUGUUUUUUUUUUUUCAGAAAUAUGAAAAAAAAAACCGAGCACCAUGCUUUUUUUUCUAAAUUUUUUUUUUUUCAGAAAAAAGCAGCAAAAGCUAGUUUCUAAUAAUCUUUAGGACGGUGCGCAGCGCGUCGUGUACGUACGCAACACAUGUAAGCGGACGCGAACUUGUUCAUUCACCGCUUACAUGUGUUGCGUACGAACGGCGCGCACACAUACAUACCGCGUGACAUACGUUUGUUAGAAGAGUUACUACUGGCCUUAAACUGUGCUAUGGAUCAUUGGAACACCAACUUUUACUCUAAAAUCUGCAUCUUUACUCUAAAAUAUUGAUCUAACCAUAGAAUGAGUGCCAAGAGAUUGUUGCGUAGGUUUAUUUAAUGAAAUUUAUUUGGCUUUAUAAUUCCAGCUAAUAAAUUGUGAUUAAUAUACGAUAGCUUAUAAGCUUUAGUUAAUUUUGAAAACGCCAGUAGCUUAGUUUUAUGAAAUUAUAAAUUGUAAAAAAUAACCAAAUAUGUAAUGCGCACAGUUACAGUGACCGUCCAUUCAAAAAUGGGCCUUACGAGAGAGUGGGUAGAAUCAUAUUUGAAAAUAGCUCGAAUUAAAGUAGAGACUGUUGCGUUUCUGUACAUAAACAACAUUAGUACAUAAAUAAAAAUAAGGUCCCAUCCCAAAAUGAACUAUUAUUAUUAUUAACGUUUUGACAAGCAGAAACGUCUGCGAUGGACUUGAACUCAAGGAUUCUGGAUCGAUACUCCAGCGCUCUGCCAACUGAGCCACUAAGACUACAACCAAGUCAGCGAAAUUUUCCACCAUAUUGGUCAAUGGGGCCUGUAGCGACAGACGCCGUGAGUUCAAGUCGCACCCAAGGCAGUGAUUUUUCACUUUUAAAUUUAUUCUAGGCUUAAUUGUCAUACUGUCAACCUUGUAAUAGAGGCUAGUCAGCUAGCCAUAGGACACAGUACAUUCAUAGAUUAAGUAUAAGAUCAUACCAUCCCAUACAUUAAAAUGCGACCACCUAAGAACGCGCAAACACUGCACCACAUAGAUGGCGCCACAAAAAAUGCCUGGUACAGUCAUAAAUUAAAUAUAACAAGAUCAUACCAUCCCAUACAUUAAAAUGCGACCGCCUAAGACCGCGCUUACACUCCACCACACAUAGA